CAUGCACGGAAAGUAAGCACCCUAAUUUCAUGUGCUCCAGACUAAGGUUCAGGACACAUACUACAGGAGGAAACAUAAAAUCCAAGAGCUAACCCAGCCUCAGCUGCAAAAUAAGGUGAACAUUUCUAAAGGAAACAAUGGCUGCUGAACAAAACCACAGAGGUUGCAUUCGGCGACUGCUGCUUUGUUUUCUCCUGGGGACUCUGUGGGAGAUCAGCGCUGCCCAGAUCCUGUACUCGAUUCCCGAAGAGAUGGAAAAGGGAUCUUUUGUGGGCAACAUCGCCAAGGACUUGGGACUGCAGCCAACGGAAUUGUCAGAGCGAGGGGCUCGCAUUGUCUCCAAAGGUAAGAAGGCUCAUUUCGCUCUCAACGUCAGAAGUGGCAGUUUAGUCAUAAGGGACAGAAUAGACAGGGAAAAACUCUGUGCCCAGAGGACCCAGUGCUUGCUGAAUUUUAAUAUCCUGGUUGAGGAUGAACUGAAAAUCUAUUCAGUGGAGGUGGAAAUAAAUGACAUUAAUGAUAAUGCCCCUCACUUUUUAGCAGACGAACUAGAACUAAAAAUCAGUGAACUCACAUCUCCUGGAACCCAGCAUCUCCUGGAAAGUGCAUAUGAUCCGGAUAUGGGAGUAAAUUCUCUACAGGGUUAUGAGCUGAGCCCCAACCAUCACUUUUCUCUGAGAGUGCAAAGCACAGACGAUGGGGUGAAGUAUCCAGAGCUGGUGCUGGAGCAGGCUCUAGACCGGGAAAAGGAACCGGAUCUCCACCUCGUGCUCACAGCAUGGGAUGGAGGAGAACCUGUCCGUUCUGGCACUGCCAGAAUCCGAGUGAUUGUCCUGGAUGCCAAUGACAAUGCCCCAGUGUUUACCCAGUCCAUGUAUACUGUCAGUGUUCCUGAGAAUGUACCCCAGGGGACACUGCUGCUCACUGUGAAUGCCACUGAUGCAGAUGAAGGAAUCAAUUCUCAGGUAAGAUACUUUCAAGUGAAAAGACCAGGUGAAACCUCUCAAAUAUUCCAACUGAAUUCUGUGACUGGAGAAUUAUCAACCUCACAAAAUUUAGAUUAUGAAGUUGCAGAAUUCUAUGUGAUAGAAUUAGAGGCUAAGGAUGGCCUUGGUCUCAAGGGCAAAGCUAAAAUUUAUGUCACAGUUCUGGAUGUGAAUGACAAUGCCCCAGAAGUGACUAUCACCUCUGUCAUCAACUCAAUCCCUGAAAAUGCUCCCCCU